AGGAAUGCAUUGUUUUAGAGAAGACAAAAGGGAAAUAUGUCAUGUUAUAGAAUCUAACCAAAAAAUCGCAGUUGUUUCUCCAAUCAACAAUAAACUCACAGAUUGUUAGAAGAAGAGAAUCCAUAACUGUUCAUCAAAUUACUGAUUUCAGUUACACCUUUAUUAUGUAAGGACAAAGGGAGCCUGAGAACUACUCAAUGACACAUCACCCAAAUGACCACCCUUGGCCCCCAUAGACCUAAUUUCUUAAUUUCCUUUCCUUUCCUACACUCAUAACAACCCUCUCCUUCUCACUCACUUUCUCCUCCUCUAAUGGUCAGAGAACGAGGGAAGAGGGAGGAAGAGGGAGGAGAGGAGUGAGUGUUUUUGUUCAGGAGGAGAAAGGCGUUCUCCUGUGUUCUCAGGAUGUGGCUGUUAAAGCCUGGAGAAGUGGGCUUCCUGUCUAGGGAAACGAUCAGAGAACAGACAAGGCCCUGAGGUUAAGACGCUGUGUUCCCUCAGAGGACGCAGACACUUUGUGCUGCACAGAUCACCAACAGAUUGAGCAAAGAAGGGGUUCUGUGGAACGGUAUGGGAGAGGUUUUCCACAAGGACUAGAGACACCCAAUCAAUAGAUCCUAAGCAGAGCAAUAUAUUGGUGCUGGACACCUGACUCUGGGAGCUAAUAGAAACAAUAUGGACAGAUCACAAGCAUAUGCAUUUAUGGAUGACUUCGAUUGGAGACAACUUCCUCGGUCAAACACAUCUAUUUUCACCUUUUCUACCAUUCUACCAUUGCAUUUGUGAAUGAAUUUAAUGGAUAUAAAAUGCAGAGACUCUCACACCACCGUCUCUCUCUGGGAAUAUAGAUCUGUAUCAGAGGGUGAUAUAAGCACCUGUGUACUGUAGUACCUGGUUUCUUGUAAAAGGACUUUGAGGGUUCCGGCCCUCACCCAGAGACUGUCAGAGACCAUGUCCAACAACAGUGACAGCUGCAACCUCCCCCUGAACACUGACACACUUGGUCUCACCUACAUCUACAGCCUGGCCUUCUCACUGGGUCUCCCUUGCAACCUGCUGUCCCUCUGGGGACUGUACCAACUGGGUCGCUCCGGUGGGGGUGGCUGCCAGCUGGUCUACAUUCUCAACCUGCUGCUUUCUGACCUCCUCCAGCUGCUCACCCUCCCCCUAUGGAUCCUGUACCUCCAGGGGGCUCACCGCUGGCCCUACGGCCGCCCCGCCUGCGAGUUUGUGGGCUAUGUCUUCUACGUCAAUGUCUACGCUAGCGUGGUGUUCCUCUGUUUGAUAGCGUUGGACCGUUGCCUGGCUAUAGUACACCCGUUGAGUAGUCGUGGCGUGCGGACGGUGCGGGUGGCGGCAGUGUCUGGAGUGGCGGUCUGGACGCUGACCUUCCUGUUCUGUUUAGGCGGGUUGCUUCCAUCGGUGUUCGACGCAGAGAGGCUGCUGUGUCUGGAGCAGUACCCCGUCAGCCUCAGAUAUGCCCACUUUAAGAUUGCUACAGUCAUCAUGGGGUUCCUUCUGCCCUGUGGUAUACUGGGUUACACCUCCGUCCGCAUUGGGGUGACCCUCCAACAGUCGCCCUCCGUCUCCAAUCAGGACCGCCACAAAAUCACUGGCAUCCUUGUCGUCAUCACCGUCAUCUUCAUUGUCGUCUUCGGACCCUACCAUCUGGUUGGGGGGUACCGUUUUGUCUCCCUCCUCCUCAUAGACAACCCCUGCGAGUUGGAACGGUCCAUUUUCCUGUGCUACCGGCUGUGCUACGGUCUGACCAGCCUCAACACUCUGCUGGACCCUCUGUUCUACAUCUUCCUGUGUCACAACGCCCGUCUGGAGCUCCGCAGGUCCCUAACGCCCUGUCUGGGACGGGGGCACACAGCCCCCAAACAGGUCAGACUCAGUCUCAGAGGGAAUCCUGAUCCUAGUGACAAUGUGUAAAAACACUGGAUUGGACAAACUGUUUUUGAAUGAAGAAAACCUGGAUAAUCUGUAUUGUGUUUCCUGUUUUUUGAUGAGUUUGAAUUCAGCAGGAGGACACAUUGUGUAGCGAGACUGGACAUACAGACAGUAUAUUACAGUGUUUUCUUGGACUUGCUCAAGGAACUGACUCCACUGGUUUGACUGCUGAGCAUUAGUGAUGGAAAAAAGCAGCAAUUGUGCCACCCAGUGGGGAGAGCAUGCAUGUUGCUAGCUGAAAUUGGAAAUAGCGUUCCAUCUACUUCACUUUUCUGCUGUGCCCGUCCUCUCUACCUGUUGAUGCACUGCCAUAGCCGCCUCAGUUACUACUGUCUAAUGAAUGCACUAUAAUAAUAAUCUCAUAAUGUCUUGACUGUUUGCUUGUCAUGAUUUUUAUACUUUCAUUUGCUAUUCGCAGUAAUUAACGUCAAUUGAAAUACAUGAUUUAUUCAUCAUAGAUA